GGAGGGGGUGUAACACAAUAAAAGUCUGUCACACACACACAUCUCCAAAACCAGUCGGACAUCAGCCACUCAGCUCCAUCAUGGGCUCCCCGGCGGCGGCUGCUCGGCCUCUCCGGCUCUCUGCGCUCUGCUCCCGGGCUCUGCCGGCGGCCCGGGCCGGUCUGGACCUCCGAAACAGCGCCAGAAGAAACCUGAACGUUCAGGCGGCGACUGAGGGCGGGAAGCUGAAGACUAUCGAUGACCUGCCGGGGCCCAGUUUAUCCACGACCCUGUACUGGUUAUUUGUCAAAGGAUACGCGGACAAGAGCCACUUACUGCAGGGCGUACAGAAGAAUCUUUACGGGCCCAUCUGGCGCUCCACGUUCGGCCCGUUUGACAUUGUCAAUGUGGCAACUCCGGAGCUUAUAGCUCAGGUGAUCCAACAGGAGGGCCGUUACCCUCUCCGAGCCGAGCUGCCUCACUGGAAGGAGUACCUGGACCUGAGAGGACAGGCCUACGGUCUGCAUGUAAACACAGGACUGGAGUGGUACAGAAUCCGCAGCGCCUUGAACCCCAAGAUGCUGAAGCUGCGGGAAGUGUCGGCCUACGCCCCCAUCAUCCACCAGGUGGUCGGAGAUCUGCUGCGACGCAUCGAGCUCCUCCGAAGUCGCAGUCAGGACCAGGCCACUGUUCCAGAUAUGGCUGCGGAGCUCUACAAGUUCGGCUUUGAAGGUAUCUCCUCCAUCUUGUUUGAGACCCGGAUGGGCUGCCUGCAGGAGGAGAUUCCCCAGGACACACUGCGCUUCAUCACCGCCGUAAAUGACAUGCUGACGCUGUCCGAGACUGUGGUCCUUUUCCCACGCUGGAGCCGCGGUCUCCUCCCCUUCUGGAAACGCUUCGUUCAGGCCUGGGACGACCUCUUUAACGUAGCCAAGACCCUCAUCGACAGGAGAAUUGCAGAAAUUGAAGCUCAGGUGUGCAGAGGCGAGCAGGCGGAGGGCAUGUAUCUGACCUACCUGCUGUCCUCUGACAAGCUGACCACAGCCGAGGUCUACAUCAGCAUCACUGAGCUGCUGCUGGGAGGAGUCGACACGACCUCCAACACCUUGUCGUGGGCGUUGUACCAUUUGGCCAGGGACCGUCCGGCUCAGGGCCGACUGUACGAUGAGGUGAACUCUGUGUGUCCGGACCGACAGGAGCCAACCACAGACAACCUGAGCAGGAUGCCCUACCUGAAAGCCGUCAUAAAGGAGACGCUACGCCUUUAUCCAGUGGUACCUGGAAACGGACGCUUUGUUUCAGAGAACGAGGUGGUUGUGGACAAAUACUGGUUCCCAAAGAAGACUCAGUUCCACCUUUGUCAUUACGCAGCCUGUCACAGUGAAGCAGAGUUUGUAAACGCAGAGCUCUUCCUCCCCGAGCGGUGGCUCCGUCCUGAGGUGACCGGCAGUGGCUGCGUCAGGGCGACGCCGGGCUCCUACCAGCAUCACCCGUACAGCUUCAUCCCCUUCGGUGUCGGGGUGCGAGCCUGUGUGGGGAAGAGACUGGCGGAGAUGGAGAUGUACUUUGCUCUGUCCAGGAUCAUGCAGCACUAUGAGGUCCAGCCAGACGUUGGUGCACCAGUCGUGGAGCCUAAAACUCGAACCCUGCUCAUCCCUGCAAAGCCCAUAAACCUGCGCUUCCUGCCCAGAACCUGAAAGGCGCCGCUGAGGGUCAACAGCGCAACGCGAGUCCAUCAAAACUCCUAAUUUCUUCAGGGAGUGUUGUGACAUGUUUAACUUCGCUGGACGGUAACCAGAGUUACAAAGAUCUCUUUCCACCCACGCUGCUUUUUAUAAAACAGAGCCACGUUUUCUUCUUCUCGAGUUACAUUUUUAACCAGCUCAGGUCUUUAGCUGAAGCCACGCCAUUCUUGCCAGAGACAUUCUUUUACUGAUCUCUUCUACUGGAGUUAAGUAUAUUCAGCACAAAUCAAAUGACUAAUUCCAGUUAUAUAUAAUUAUAUGUAACUUGAUGAUACCAAUGACUGAUACGCCUACAGAUCACCUCCGACCCCUCACAUCCUGUUCAUCACCUCUUCCAGCUCCUUCUCUCAGCGUAUACUUUGCACAGACAUGUUUAUUGCGGACGUGCGAUUUCUAUCUACCUUCAAGCUGAUGUGACAAAUCUAUUUUGAAAUUUAAACAAAGAGCUGUGUGUGUGGAGAACAAAGGGCACACUGCCCCCCUCUGACAGCGAGGUGGUGAUGACACCAUGCAUUUCUGUUUUUAUACCUGUAGAAGUCAUAUUUGUGGUUGUAUUUAGUGUUGAAUUUGUCUUUUUGUUCACCACUGUCAAAUUUAUUUAAGUCUAUUUUUAAGUCCUCUCAGAGGAGGUAGGAGGCAAGAUGGGAGGUAGGACAGAAAAGAGGAAGCAUUGAAGGAAACAAAAAGGCAGAGGCAGGAGGUAAAAAAUAAAGUUAAAGCUCAUUUGACAAGAGCAGAAGUUAUAAACAUUUUGAUUGUCUUUGCACACGAUUUUUAAAAAUAACAGUGAUUUAACAACAACGUCAGUAAUAUGUUCUCUGUUAGACCAUAAUCUCUGUAACUCUAAAUCUUUACUCAGUCACUCUGAUAUUCUAUCAUGAUAUCACUUUAAAAUUCCUUUAUAUGUAGUUUUGAUGAAGAUGCAUGCAAUUCUUCUAAACGUAUUUUAAUAUGUAUUUUUUAAGCUGCUGCACAAAUAAAAAGUUAUAUUUUCAACGCACAGCCUCGCCUCUCUAGGCCUACUCUGUUUAGGAGAGAAAAGAACAAGAAGAAAACAACAAAUAUGAGUUAAAGAUGUUCAGUGACUACAUAAAAUAAAAGCUCACAAUUGUGGGUCCCUUCAGUUGACUUAAGACAGUUUCUCCGCAGCCCUCUGCAAAAAGAAAUCUUCUUUAUUUGUUCAUUGAGCUGCAGUAAAUUAAAAGUUCAGUGUCGCCCA